AAGUACGUACAUGUCCAGCUUGUUUACAAAGUUGAUGACGUCUAAAAUAUAUCACCAGGAAUGUUACCUACAUGCCAACGCCCUUGAGGCUUUAUUACCUCAAGUUUUGUAUUUGUAUGGCAUUUCUGUGAAGAUUCAGCUUCAUUAUUUCAGCUGCUAAGAAAGAAAACCUACUUUGCAACACCGACGUUAUAAUUACUAACAAUUACUAUCUAGUCAGGUAAACUGAAAGUGGUUUGUUGAAUUGAUACCGAGCAAGCAGGGAAAAACAACUGAGGGAAUUGUAAAAUGUUGUGAUUUCUUGACCAUAAGUUAGACAAGAUGCGUUGAAAAUACAGCUCUUAUAUAUAAAAUCCUCGGGAACACAGUGCGUGAAAGGACAACAUUGAACUUUUCAAAUAGAUUACUAUUUGAAAAUUUAAACUUGAUUGGGCUUUGUUAUAUUUGCAAUCGAAAUAUAUUUCAACCAGAACCUCAUGACCGUCAAGCACAUUUAUCUUCAACGUUGUAAUCACUUUAGGUACUUACAUCUUAAAUUGGUGAUUUUGUCAUUCUUGUACUGCUAAGAUUAAGGGAUUUAUUUCUUUACACGUCAUAUACGCAAGGUUUUUCAAUUCAUGUCUGGCUGUAAGCUGUUUCACAGACAGUUCAUGGAAAGACCCGAUUUUACACAAUAGUUUGUAAUUUUGUUUGACCUAUAUUUUUUGCAGCCGCUUUAGCGACACCCAAAGGAAAUGAUGUGUAAGCUAAACAUUUUACAAACUCGAUAUGAAUCACAAUGCUGUGCAAAAGUCUUGUUACCCUUUGUUUCUUUAUAUUUUGCUAGUAAAGUGGGAACUAGGUGCAGCCUUUUAUUGAAAUAUGUGCAAACAUAAAUGCAAACAGAGUUUGCAAGGUAAAAAUUUUUUUAUAAGUCUAACAAGCUUGAAAGACAAUAUUAUGGCCGCUUUAUUCUUCAGCAUGAUGAUGAGCUCUGCCGUAGCAAGGUUUCUUGCAGUUUCUUUAAGUAGUCUUCAGGAAUAGUUCCCCAGGACAUUAUAAGCUCUCCUUUUGGAUGUUGGCUGCCUUUCAUUCUCUUCGCUAUCAAAAUGAUCCCACACUGCUUCAGUAAUGUUAUAGUCUAGGCCAAUCCAUGACUGAUAGUGUGUGAGUGUGUGUGUGUGUGUGUUUUUAUCCAGGCAUUUUCAGUGUGUUUUGGAUCGUUGCCAAAACUAAGCGAUUGCAAAUCUGACACUUCAGAAAUGGCAUUGCAUGAUGGAUCUGAUGGUACUUUUCUACAAUCAUAACUGCAACAAUUCUAAGAAGACACUAACACUAACAGAACCGCUGCUGUUUCACAGGUGGCUGUAGGCACUCACUGUUGUAUGUCUAACCUGACCUCCCUCCUACAUAGUGAUGAUGAUCUUGUGUAAUAUGGAGUACUUCAGCAUUUUCUAUCUGUUUCCCUUUCUUAAGCAUGUAAGCAUGUUUCCUUUUUAAACAGCCACACUUCCACUGAUGAUUCCUAAUUGAUGAUUAGGCUUCAGUGAAUAGUAGAUGGAUCAACUGAAGGCCCAGAUAUACGUCUCAGGUCCCGUGUCAAGUCUCUGGUGGAUCUUAUUCUGUUUAUUAAAGGAGAGCAUGAUUUUUAGAUACUGUUCAACUGCUAUAGACAGGUUUGUAGGCUGCUUCUUGUUUUGUUCCCCACUUGUCCAAUUUCCUCAAAUGUUUUAAUGGACACACUGCACACUUUGCCAAGGUACAGCGAGAUUUUAGCUAAUAGCACCUUAGGAAUUGCCUUAUUGGUGCAAAAAUACUAUUUUAUACCUGUCAAACUGUGUUAUCUUGUGCAUUAUGCUGGAAUUCAGUUAAAGACAUGGGAACAAUUGAUGUGUUUUGGCAACAGGCUGCUACUAAAGACACAAUUUAAAAUAGAUUCUUUGCAAAGUUGUCUGUUAUGUGUAGACUCAACACUGGUUCAUUCUAUGAGUUAAGUAAAAAUGUUUUGCUUCAGUGAUUCAUAGGUCAGUGAAAGUAGUCAGGUGCAACAACUGGACAGAAAAUGAGUCAGCAGCCAAUGUUCAAAGAAAAACUUUGAAAGGCCUACAAAAAAACUAAAGAACUACUCCUCAAGACCACUUAAAAAAAUUACAACAAAGUCUGGCUCCUUGGAAGCAACAUUUAAAGGGAUGAGUGGUAGCAUAAGACUUUUGAACAGUACUUUAUUUGCAUAUUUAUUGAAGUUGGUUUAUGGUUAAAUCGAUUUGAUAAAUCUUAAAGCUGGUUGACUGUAAAGAAAUAUAGCUUUUAAAGGCCUUUACUGCUUACAAAUGUGUUUUUUUGUAGAGUGCAACACUUACAGUUUACAGCAAACGUUCUUUCUGCAAAGAGGCUGAGAAUUGAGAAAAGUCAGCCAACUCCCCUGAUGGAAAUGAAUACUUACAGAGUUUGGAAUUUCUGAAACUCGACACUGAUUGGUUAGUCGAUGUGUGAUGAAGGGGCUCAGCCCAUUCUGUCCUGGCUGAGAGAAGUGUUUGUGAUUUUUAUAGUCUUAAGUUCCAUCAAACAUCUGCAUUCACAUCCGGACGUACACACACUCACAACAGUCGGUUGUUCUUGGUCUUUUGGCGAGGAUGGGUUAUCCACUGGUGAUUCUGUUGUGUGUGGGACUGCUACACCAGACCACGAGGGCUGUCCUCAUGGAUAAACUAGCAGACCAGAAGAUUUGCGGAGAUGCAGAGUGCUCAUAUGUUCUCUCCAUGGCCACAAUCUUGGAUGACUUCAUAUCUCCUGACUGCCGAUUCCUCAACCUCAGAAAGGGUCAGGUGGUUUAUGUGUACUCCAAACUCAUUGCAGCAGAGGGCGCUGGAGUCUUCUGGUCUGGAAGCAUUUACAGUGAGCGGUACGUGGACCAGAUGGGCGUCAUUGGAUACUUCCCUGCAACUGUGGUGAAGGAGACACAGAGGUUUACAGAAAACACAGUUAAGAUCCAAACAACUGACAUGGACUUCUACUGCGAUUAAGGGACUGAAACCUCUUGCUUUUCAACUCUUUCUGUUAGUAACUCUGGCAUUUAUAAAGGACAAAGCAUGCAGACAUUUAGUCAAUGAGUCUUUUUGUCUAUAUCAUUCCAACAUUUUGAUUAUAUAAAUAUAUAAAAGUUAAAGAAAUGAGUUUUCCAGACACCUUUUUUAUGAUUUUUCUUGACUAGUAAUUGCAAUCAUAUUGUACUUGUCUUUGUUACACAUCUGAAAACUGGCUUGGAGCUGCUUAUGCUGAGAAAUAGCUGCUGUGAAAAUGAUUAAAUUCGUUUUCUAAA